UGUUUGAGCUUCUUUUUUGCCAUCACGGAGCACAAGAAAUCAACAUUGUCCAUCGCGCAACUCAAGAAACCAGAGCUUUCUGCGCACAGUCAGAAUCGAUCAAAUCCUGAACACGUUCUGUAAGUAAGUUUUAACUUCCCUCUUAUAUUUAAACUUUAUGUCGGGUUUAGCGAACAAAACUUCCCGAUUUCUGUAACUUACCGUGGGCAGGUGGCAGACACAAAGCACGAUGUCUUUGAAGUUGAAAAUUGUGUUUCCUUGUCCAGUUUUUGCUAGAAAUGCUGAUGUUUGUAGCCCUUGGCAGCUCAAUACAAUACCACACUUGAUCCAUCCGUAGCCAUAUCAUGUUGUUUUCGCACAAAUCACAUGCAAUUUUAAUUAGCAAAAUGUCACAUGUUGGUCAUGUGGUUAGCAUGCAUCAUGAUGGUGGAUCUCAUUCCCCUGAAAUAGUGACAAUGCAUGAUGGUACAGAUCACUUUCAAAAUAUGACCCAUGACUCCUCUGCUAUGUCUGAACCUUCAUCACCUGAAUCUGCAACAUUUGAUGAUUCUGAUCUUCUCAACUCCUCUGUUACUGAUGUGGUGACCAGUCAAUUGGCUGCUGCCGGGCCAGUGGGGGUUGCAGCAGCAGCAGCUGUUGCCACAGGUCGCAAAAGAAAACGUCCACACUCAUUCGAGACUAACCCGUCCAUUCGCAAGCGUCAGCAAACCCGGUUGUUACGAAAACUUAAAGGAACUGUGGAUGAGUAUGCAACACGGGUUGGCCAGCAAGCAGUUGUUCUUUGUGCAUGUCCUGGAAGGCCAAAUCCAUUAUUCAAGGUAUUUGGUGCUGCACCUCUUGAGAAUUGUGUGAAAAGUUUAAAACCUCACAUCCUGCAGAGUUUGGAGGCUGCUUUGGCCCAGCAAACACCCACACCAAGUCAGGACAAUAAUGGCCUUUUUGAACUUCCACCAUUGUAUAUAGAUGGCAUCCCAACACCAGUGGACAAAAUGACACAAGCACAGCUUAGAGCAUUUAUACCACUAAUGCUUAAGUAUUCCACUGGUCGGGGAAAACCAGGAUGGGGUAGGGAGUCUACUAAACCUGCGUGGUGGCCCGAUGACAUUCCUUGGCAAAAUGUAAGAUCUGAUACCCGCACAGAGGAACAGAAAGCUAAGUUAUCAUGGACAAAUGCAUUAAGGAUGAUUGUUAAAAACUGCUAUGAGUUUCAUGGCCGUGCAGAUCUACUUCCUGAUUUCCAAGAUGGUGAUGCAUUUCCACAAGUGCAAGGUACCCAUCCCAUUGUUCACACGCUUACCAAUGCUGAUGGUACUCUUUCCCUAGUACAAGUUGAUGCAACUGGUGCUAUUGUCAGUUCAUACACAGAUGGAUCUACGCAAGCAGAAUCAACACAAGCAGUUGCAACCCUUUCAGAGGUAUCAGCAACAACUCAAGGCACACCAGUAACAAUAAGUAUCAGUGAGAUGUCUCAGGGUGAGGCAGCGGCCCAGGCUGCUGUUGCUACUCUAGCUGAAGCAACCCUGUCUGAUGGUGGUCAAUUAGUCAUACCUGAACAUGCUGCUACUGCACUAGCGAAUGUUGGUGAGUCACCUCUAAAUACUUCAAAUAUGGUGACUAUACCUGUUCAUGCGGCAGCUGCAAUGAUGCAAAUUCAAAACAAUCAAAUAACCAAUAAUCAAACACAGUACAUUGCUACGAGUAUUCCACAAGUCGCAAUGGCACCACAUCCUAACUUAAACACUGUAAACUCCCAAAAUAUUCAAACGCAGCUUGUGGACUCCAACAGUGGAGAAAAUCCAGUCCCUGGAGCAAGUCAGGCUGUUGAAGUUGUAACUUACACAACCUAAGUUGUUUUAUCUACUAGUAUACAAGUGAAACAAAGUGAUCUUUUAGUUUGGAUAUGCUUAUAGACAUUUUUAGAAAGUGUAUAUUUUUACUAGUUGGGUUAAAUAGUCAUUUUUAUAGUAUGAGUCACUGUACGAUCACAAUUGAUAGAGAUAAGGCGAUCAAUUCGUAUUUAUUAUGAGUGAAAAAUAAAAGAAUAUUAGUACCAAGUGGAAGUACGAAACCAGAUUUGUGAUCAGUCAGUGUUUGUGAUUGAAAGAGAGUGAUUUACAAAGAGAUAUAUGUUUCAUUAAUAUUUAUGAGUUUUCAAAGCUUGUUGUUGCCUUGGUAUUGUUGUGGAUGAUCAUUUAAUCUUUUUGAACAAACAUACAGUAUGAAGACGGAGAAAAAAAUAUGAAAGUUCGUUUAUUAGAACAAAAGCAUCUUAGAAAUACACUAUUGUGAACGUUUGGCCGUAUUGUGUUGCCUGUUGGAAUGCAGCUGUGUUUCUGUCAAUGUCAUAAUGCCUGAAACAAAAAAGACUGCCCACUCAGCCAAGUCCCCAGGAAAGCCAAGAGGAAGAAGUAAAAGUCCAUCUAAAAAGAAAUCAUCAAAAAAGGGAAAGUCUAAAUCACGUUCUGCAUCACCAAAGAAAAGCAAUGUGGAUCUUUUAAGCAAGCCUGCGAUGGAAAAUGCGUAUUACAUUUCCCACAAUGCACCACAGUUUCUGGCAUUCCGUGGCUUCUCAUGGGAGUCUGGGGGUGGUAAAACAAAGAAAAAAGGCAAAAAGAAGGGAAAGAAGAAGUAAUGUUGAAGUGGUAGGAUGAUAUUAUAGAUAUUUAAGAAUAUGUUGGUAGGUAUUUAAACUACUUGUUUAGUGAGAGAAAGUGGAAGUGACUUUAUUAAAUAAUAUUUAAUGACAUGUAAUACAGUUGAGUAUUUUUAGUACUGUGUGCUUGGUGUGGCAAAUUUGUUUUGCAUUACAGUAUAUUUUGCAAUAAUUUAGACUGGUAAUGUUCCUUGUUAAAGCUUACAAACCAUGAAUAACAUAAGCACUGAUUCAUUGAGAAUGUAAAACUGCAGCAUCAUUCAAGUACAUAGAAUGCUUAAAAUGAGUUCACUCUAGUUAAUAAAACGGAAACAGAGUAAUUUUUCAUUCAUCAAUAUUUG